GAUACUUUUUUAAUCUAUCUGGCAACGCUGAAUUUAAUCGGAUGCCGCCAGCGUCUGUAUUUGGCGUCAUGUUUUGAUAUUUGCAGUUAUUUGUACUAAUAUUCGUGAAAAUUUAUGUGGUGCUAGGUGUUAUUUUGUAAAUUCGUAAAAAUGUCGGCUACAGAGUCAAAUGAACGUACAUUGGAGCUGGAAGACUUCCUUAGCCAAAAAGAUAUUGAUACCGAUCGCCUGGCUGCCUUUUUGCAGCGCAAGGCGAGUGAGAAGCCACAAAGCAACCGGCUCUUUGGGAACUUCACCUUUGAUGUUGACUUUGAAGUGCCUAUGAUCAGAAAUCCAACAAAGGAUGCUACAGCGAUCACAUCCCCAGCAGAAAGUGUUUCCGAUGAGAAUGAACCUCCAGCCCAAGCCAUCAAUGCAUUGCCAUCGCCUACUUCUAGAGCUACACCUCCAAAUCAUUUGGCUCCUGUUCAAAAGGUCCCUAGUCCGACACCUGUUUCGCCCCCUCCCGUUAUUUCACCAACUCAUCGGCGAUCUUUAAAACGCAGUGGAAAUGUCCCUGGUUCGGACAAGCUACGCCGCCAUGCUAUCCGUCGGCGAUCACAGAGUUGUGGGCGGCAACUACUCAAGGAGUUUGAAGAGUCCUGCAAAAGUCCUUCUGCGUUUUUUCCUGGCACAUGCAGCACUCCUCGCACAAGUGGAAACCUCGCAUCACAGCCGACCAGCCAGCCGAAUGAGGGAAACGCAACUCCUUUAUCGGCUGAAAACGGAUUAACUUUUAAUAAAUCUGCACCGGCCCAACCCGCAACAGUUGAAGCACAGUCAAAGGUCGAAAAAAGUCCAGGGAGUUUGCGUGUUCGCUCGGAUCUUGUCGCUGAGAUCGCGCAACUCUGUGAGGGGCGUCUGAAUUCUUUCCAAGAAUCUAUACUGCAGCUAAACAGCACCGGAAAAGCACCCAAAAAUGGAUCAGAAGCCCCAUCGAUCAGAAAAUCGCAGUCAGAAACGAGCAGACAACGUACCUAUACUAUCGAAAAAGGACCAGUUCCCGGACAACUGCUUCUGUCUCCUUCUCAGCCCAGUGAAUUGUCAACAAAGCAAGUAUCUGUAAAGGUAAAGCGCCUGGGGUCUCAACAUUCCGAUGCUCAUUCACCACCGCGAUCUAGCUUCAACGCUGGUGUUCAAUCGGAGCCUGCACCUGAGAUGGUUGGUACUGAAACUUGCGUUCCCGAUACUCCACCACGAUCGAGUUUCAACGUUGGUGUGCCAUCGCAGCCAGAACCUGAGCUGGUGCUGCCUGAAACCCAGCCGAACAAUACACGUCCACAAACCGGCGAAGAUUUGGCCGCUGUAAUGACCGAAGACGAAAGUGACGACGAUGAAAGCGCAAAAGCUUUGAAUCUAGCACCACCAGGUGGAAAUACAACCAGGCGAACUCAUUUGGCGGCAAGGAAUGCACUGCUAGAUGAAACAAAAGAAAACUCCGUUCAACUACUUGACCUCCAUCGGUCUGUCAAAAAAUCGAAGAAGAUAGAACUGUUUGGUGGGAAGCCUCGGAUGACAUCAGUGCCGUUGAACAAGCCUCCAAGUGUUCCUAUAAAUGGUGAGCAGUUUGCAGAGGAGCUGGCACGUAUGAGCAACUAUGAGAUUCUCGAUCUGCGCAAGCGUAACUCAUUGGGCAAGGUGUACGUAGUAAAUGGCCGUACCAACCAAAAUACGGAACAACAAAUAAUGUUGGAGAAAAAUAUUGAAUGGGAGCUUUUGCGCAGAAAUAUUCGAAAUGGUGCUGACCCACCUCCGGGGUCACCAUCCAGCUCAUCCGGCGACUCUGCAGAUAAUGAAGCGUCUUUGCCUGCCCGACGCAUGUUGACCCGAAAUCGAAAGCAGAUAAAAGGCAAAAGAUCUCGCCGGACCGAAAAACCAAUGUCGGGAGAGCUAAUCAAUUAUAUGAACCUCACCAAGUCAAGGGAGACUCGAAAAAAAUCUUCAAUAAAUACUACAAAACGCACCUUAUACACAAAAGGCGACUCUCAAGUAGAAGAUUCCGACCCUUCGGUGUCGCCCAAAAAGCAACCGAGGUUAAGCCAAACUGUUGGAAAUAUUUCUAUCGUUCCUCCACCGCCUGUGUAUUUGCGGCACUCGCGAUCAAUUGUAGAUCGACGCCCUGACCGUAAUUCGUUAGUUGAAAAUGAUGUGUGUCCAGCACCAAGGGACUUCGAAGACAGGAACACAAUUUCCGCUCAACAGAAUACCCUACAAAUCGCUUCGCCUCCUCCCGAAUACGUUGAUAAUACACCCCAAAAAAUCUCUGUUGGGCGAAGAAGCAAUAAGAGGGUUACGAUUUCGCCGCUCCAGGCGACCCAGGAUUUGGGUCACAGAGAUGUGGGCGAGGAAACAAGAGAAGCAAACGUGACUGAACGUCAUACCAUUGAAGUCAUUCCACCUCCUCCUGAAUACAAUCACACUAUUGCUGAUUCUGCAAGCCCGGUUCGUGAGCGUUCAAAAUCGGCGAAUAAGAGUAUCGCUAAAACUAAGCUUAAUGCUAAAAGAAGUCUUACAAAGAGAAAGGCGUCCAAAUCACGCAUAUCUGUAGAUCAUGAUAUGGAGGAGCCAAUUUCCAGUAAGCCAAAUCAUAGCCACGUCGAGUCUACCGAUGUAAGGGAUGAUCGUUCUGAGAAUAUGGAAGCUCUUCGAAUGUGUACGCCAACACCUCCAACCGUUCAAGAGGCGAGUUCUGCGCUUGGUGCAAAUCGAGAAUACCCUUCAACUGUCCUUGAGGAUGGGCCCAGCACAAGCUAUGCGGCACGGCAAGCCCUUGAGAAAAGCAUGGUGACGUCAAAAAAAAUCUCUGAAACGGCAGCAUCUAAUGAUGAUGUGUUUAAAAAACCACUUGCUCCGGCUCCAAAAGCAAAGUCCAAGAAGAAAUAUAAAAACGAGGUCGAGAAAUUAGUAUCCAAACUUCAUGUAACUUUGGAAGCAGUGGAUCCCGAUGCAAGUGGUAUUCGGCGAUCAGCUCGAGGGCACGUUCCACUCCAAAAUAACUGGGUCCAUAGUAAUAUUGACCUUAAGGCUCUUGGAUUCAUGAAACAGGCUUAUACUCUGUAUGGCGACGAAUUAAAACCGAACAAGAAUAAGUCGAAUAAGAAAACGACCGUGGUAAAGAAGUCUUCGAAAGCCCACCCAGUAUGUAGCAGCACGCCGAGAGAUGCGGGCAAGUCGCUACAACCUUUCUUUAACUCUCUCGGGCUUGAGGAAUUAGAGCUAACAGAUGAAGCCACCCAAAUAAAUAAAAAUCAUGAAGAAAAACCGCCUGCAAAAGCUAAAAAGAGGGGACGAAAAAAGAAGGAGCCGACUAAAGAAAUCCCCCAGACAUUUGAAUCUCAUACUGAUCAGGAGGACGUAAAUCCAUGCGUUAGCGAAGUACAAAUUCCCUCUGUAUCUUCGAAGGAGCUGGAGCAUGUAGCGAAUCGGGAAGUUACUGCCAGUAGUACGCAAACCUCAGAAAGCUCACAUAUGAAUGAACAAAUGGAGGCUACGCUAAAGUGGACCAACUGGCUUCGUGGAACAAGCGAUUAUGAAGCCGGCACAUCAGAUGGAGCUGGAGACACUGCGUCUCGUGCAAGCGAUUUGGAGUUUACAAAUCUGGAAGGCAUCGAGUAUGCAUUUUACAAAACAAAAGAAAAGGCCACCAUGGGAUAUAUGCGUUUCCAACCGUACCAGGCUCGUAAUAAAAAGCGAGCCAAAUUGUGUGACCUGAAGUUCAUAGUGCAGUUUGGCGAAAUUGCAAUACAGACCGAAUCAAAGGAAUACGGGGAAAAGCAAAAUAUCCUACGCAUCGGGGACAUGAUUGAAGUGGAAAAGGGUGUUCUAUAUAGUAUUCAAAAUACAUUAAACGACAUCAGUGUACUUUUGGUUAUAAGAUGCUCAACUUCAUCUUAAAUUUUAUAGUUAAAUCAUAUUUGAAUAGUUAUACAUUAUAUUAUCAUUUUAAAUCACUGCCCGGAAUAAUUAAAGAAUGCAGUUAUAUUGUUUUUUGUUCUUUCGAAGUAAA